AUGGAACUGCUGCCCUCAUUUGGCUGUCUGGGGCUGGCAGGAGCGACCCUACUGUGGUGGUACUUCCAUUAUAUCCUCGUGACACACCCUGAUUUUCUGACCGAUCUCUUCCGCAAUGAUGAGGUAUAUCCAAAACUAGGGAUUAACAUCCGCGCUCCUGGAGGCGUCCUCGGCACUUUUUCGGGCGACAACAUCAUCAACUCCGGCCAUGCCAACUGGGCAACGUACACCUCCAUCAUGAAGCCAGGCAUCGUGCAGCAGUUCGAUCUCGGGCCUAUUCAACAGAAAGCGAAUCGACUGGCGGAUCGGCUCAUUCAAGCCCAGAAGGAGUCUGGGCAUAACAAGGGGAUCCUCGUCAUGCCUUGGCUGGCUAGGCUGACCCAGGAUGUGAUGUCCUUAUGUCUCUUUGGAUAUGAUUUGCAGAUAGCGCAGGAUCGUCUCCGCAGUGAGGUCCUCGACGCCACUCGGCUGAGUUCAAGUCCAGACGCGGUCCAAAACCUGCCCUACCUGACCUCGGUAAUCUACGAGGUUCUUCGCCUCUAUCCCCCUGUGGUGGAGAUGAUUAAUCACACCUCUGCCCGGGCGGCCUAUCUUGGUGGCAAGUUUCCCAUCCAGCCUGGAACUAACAUCGGGUGGAAUGCCUACGGCGUGCAUACCAACCCAGACCUCUGGGGGGCUGAUGCGGGUGAUUUCAACCCUGAGUGA